AUGGCUUGUAACAUCUUAGAACCAACUAGAGGGGCGUCGCUUUCCUUCCUUGCAGAGCAUCUUACAGGGACGGAAAGGAGAUCAAUCGAGUUUCAGAAGGGGCAACUCCUCCGCCGCAUAUCGAGUUUCAAGUCACCAAAUUCGAGGUUCGGCCCAGUGGUUGCUGUCAUCAGCUCGUCUACGGCAUCUAGUGACCCCGGUGCCGCCGAAGAAGCAUCCUCAGCUGGCCCAGGGGGUGCUCAUUCCUGGAUGAAUGCAUUCCUAACGCUGGUUGAAGGGGUUUUGAGAGAUGGAGAGGACCUUGCCGUUAUGAUGAGCUAUUCGCUGAUACGGCACCACGUACACCGACUCAGUCAUCUGCUCGAUGCCGUGACGCAAGCGCGCCUCGUCGUCUUGGAUGCUGGCAGCAAUUCCAAUGUGCUAGUGUCACGUUCCACAAAACCUGGAGAUCAAGAAGGGGACAAGCCAGUCCCGAGGCGUCCAGGAAAAGAAGAGGGUGAGGUAACGGGCAAGGCGGAAAAGACGGGGGAAAUCAAGGAAAUGACCAAAGAAAACGCUUCAAAGAGCAUGGGCAGCCCCGGGUUUUCGGUCAGAGGUCUCCGGGACUGGAGUAAUUGCAUUUUCGGGGACCCUUUGAUGACCGCCGCCUUCAACGAAGCACCGUCUCCCGAGCUCCUCCGUGGCUUCGGAUAUUCCAACAUUCCUGCCUUGGAUGAUGAUGACAACACAUCAUCCUUACCACCGCCCACUACGUCGACUCCCACCCCUAUCGACGACAUGAUCGAGGACCCGGAGAAUGCAGACAUUCGCCUCUUGCUGUACGAGUGCUAUCACGCUGCUGUAGGCGUCGUCAGACAGUUUUACCGCCCGGCCGGCACGGACGGAACCAGGCGUGAAAUGGCAGCCCGGCGGCGGUUAGCUACUGUUCUCAAUCGUCUUGCGGAGGUGGAUGAGAAUGCAGGCAAGAGGCCAAGAACAGCGAGCAUUGAUAUCUGGCCUAUGAAAAAGCCGAAAUCUGACAAUGGAGCAGAUGAGGAUCCGUGA